AUGCCAUCUGCAACAGGAAACAAGCGUGUUAGGGGCAUCUCAGUCUUUCGGCCAUUUGUAUUUGGCAGUGUUGCGCAUCCUUUCGAUCCCCAAAACAAACCUGAAGACUGUCCUCCGGAUCACACACACCGAUGGCAAAUCUUUGUUCGAGGAGUCAACGGCGAAGAUAUCUCAUACUGGCUGAAGAAGGUCCAGUUCAAGCUGCACGAAACUUACGCCCAAAAUGUGCGCACCAUCGAGCAGCCCCCCUUUGAAGUCUCCGAAACUGGCUGGGGUGAGUUUGAGAUCCAGCUCAAGCUUUACUUUGUCCCGGAGUCGAACGAAAAACCCCAGACCCUCUGGCACAGCUUGAAGCUCCACCCAUACGGACCGGAUGCGGAGGGAAUGAAGGAGCGCCGGGAAACCGUCGUCAGUCAGAACUAUGAAGAAAUCAUAUUCAAUGAGCCCAUCGAGCCGUUCUACGAGGUGCUUACCGGGGGCCCUACCGGUGCACAAGGCAAAAGCAAGGGGAAGAAUACCAAACAGCUCGGUCAGGGUCGAACAGCGCACAUUCCCAACAGUGAUACACCUGGGAAUCCUUAUAGCCGGGUGACGGAGAACAAGGAACUUGAUCGCAUGGCUGAAGCCACCCAGACAGUCGAACAGAUGAUUAAAGAGGAGAAGGACCGCUUGAUCGAAAGAGAAAAAUUGCUUGCCGACCUUCGAGAGAGUGAGGGUGUGCCGGCCAACACGAAAAGACGGUGA